AUGUGUGGUAUCUUUGCAGUAUACCGCCACCCCGACGUUCAGGGAUACAAGAAGACUGCCUUGCAGCUCUCUAAACUCGUUAGACAUCGUGGCCCGGAUUGGAGCGGCAACAUCACUUCCCGUGACAGCAUUCUCUGUCACGAGCGCCUGGCCAUCGUUGGUCUUGAUUCGGGGGCCCAGCCCAUCACCAACGAAGAUGGCUCUCUCACUUUGACUGUGAACGGCGAAAUCUACAACCAUCGUCUCUUGCGUGAGGAUUUUCCCGAUUAUAAGUUCAAAACCCACUCUGACUGCGAGCCUAUCAUUCCCCUUUAUGAAAAAUACGACACCGAUCUCGCCAAUCAUCUUGACGGCUUCUUUGCUUUUGCCCUUUAUGACUCUAAGCGUGAUCGUAUCGUUGCUGCUCGUGAUCCCAUCGGCAUCACUACCAUGUACAUGGGUAAGUCUUCGGCCAGCCCUAACACACUUUGGUUCUCUAGUGAACUCAAGUCGUUGACCGCUGACUGCGACGAGAUUACCGCUUUCCCGCCGGGACAUGUUUUUGACUCUGACACCGGCAAACUCACACAGUACUUCAAGCCUUCGUGGUGGGACGAGGAUAAGAUCCCCACAACCCCUGCAAGCCUUGAUCUGAUCCGCGAGACUUUGGUUAAGGCCGUCCGUAAGCGUCUUAUGUCUGAAGUUCCUUACGGUGUCUUGCUUUCUGGUGGUCUCGACUCUUCUCUUAUUGCAUCUAUCGCCGCUCGUGAGACUCGUGAAGCCCUCAAGGACGACUAUGUUCAUCACUCCCUUGCCGGUGUUGACGCCCAGGGUCGCCUCACAAACACUUCUGGUUCUGGCCUGCACUCGUUUGCCGUUGGUCUGCCUGGUGCCCCGGACCUCAAGGCCGCUGCCCAGGUCGCUGAGUUCAUUGGCACCAUUCACCACGAGCACACCUUCACCCUCGAGGAAGGUCUCGAUGCCCUGCACGAUGUCAUUUGGCACCUGGAGACUUACGACGUCACCACAAUUCGUGCCUCUACUCCCAUGUUCUUACUUUCUCGUAAAAUCAAGGCCCAGGGUGUCAAGAUGGUACUCUCUGGCGAGGGCUCUGAUGAGAUCUUUGGUGGGUACCUUUACUUUGGUGCUGCUCCUAACGCUGAUGAGUUCCACAAGGAGUGCAUUAAGCGUGUCAAGAAUCUGUCGUACGCUGAUUGCUUGCGUGCAAACAAGUCUACUAUGGCAUGGGGUCUCGAAGCCCGUGUGCCUUUCCUUGACAAAGAAUUUUUGGAGGUUUGCUUGAACAUUGACCCCAAGGAAAAGAUGAUUGACUCUGAGCAUAUUGAGAAGUACAUCUUGCGGAAGGCCUUCGACAACGGCGAAUACCUGCCCUCCGAAAUCCUCUGGCGUCAGAAGGAGCAGUUCUCCGAUGGUGUUGGCUACUCGUGGAUUGACACCCUUCGUGACACUGCUGAAAAGACUAUUACAGAUGAGCAAAUGAACAACCCCAAGCCUCACUGGGGCAGCGAUAUCCCUACAACAAAGGAGGCCUACUGGUAUCGUCUCAUGUUUGACGAGCUUUUCGAGAAAAACAAUGCUGCCGCCGCCUCCACCGUCAAGCGAUGGAUCCCUAAGGAGGACUGGGGCUGCCAUGGCGAUCCUAGUGGCCGAUUCGUCAAGAGCCAUGCCUCUGCCAUCAACUAA